GUGACGCAACAAGCUGUCAGCUGUUCUUGUUUUGCUUCGGUUUUUUCCCUUCUUCUUUCUCCAGAGUGUCUGAUCUCUUCUGUACUAAAUAAGAACAUUUAUGGAACUCAGAUUUGGAUUCUAAAAACACCGGAUAUAAGAAGUUCAAAACACUCAGGCCUAUGAUUAGAUCGGUUUAUUGUUAAAAAGGCGAUCGAGAUUUCUUCUCAGCUGGAUCCUCAAUCCGACGCUAUCGUGCCAAGAGGCAAAGCCGAUCCCAGGCCUCCGAUCCAGGGCGGAGGGAGGGAAAGAGGUCGCUGGGAAUCGGGAUGGAGACGGGAGAGGGAGCAGACGGUCCUAGCGGACCGGGUGAACCGGGAGCCGGGCCGGGGACGGAGCUGACGGGGCUUGGCUGCGCCUCUUUCAACCAAGACUCCACGUCAUUGGCAGUGGGAACCAAGACAGGCUAUAAGCUGUUCUCUGUGACCUCAGUGGACAAACUGGACUGCAUCUACGAGAGCGAGACCCCAGACGUGUACAUCGUGGAGCGGUUGUUCUCCAGCAGUCUGGUGGUGGUGGUCAGUCUCUCCAUCCCCAGACGGAUGAACGUCUACCACUUCAAGAAGGGAACGGAGAUCUGCAACUACAGCUACAGUAACAACAUCCUCUCUGUCAGGCUCAACAGACAGGUAACUACAGUAACAACAUCCUCUCUGUCAGACUCAACAGACAGGGGUACGUCGAAUAUCAGUUCCCUGUCCUUCAGUCCUGACGCCAAGUUCCUCUGUGCCUCCAGCAACACUGAGACCGUGCACAUCUUCAAACUGGAACAGCACGGUACCCAGUCUCCCUGUCUCUCUCUGUCUCUCUGUGUGUCUCUCCCUGUCUCUCUCUGUGUAUCUCCCUGUCUCUCUCUGUGUAGUGGAGAGGAGGAGUGUCCUACCUGGGGAUCCUACGUAGGGAAGAUGUUCUCUGCAGCCAGCAGCUACCUCCCAGCCCAGGUGUCUGGCGUGAUGAGUCAGGAAAGAGCCUUCGCCACUGUACGCCUCCUAGUGGCCGGGCAGAGGAACGUCUGUACCCUCGCCACGAUCCAGAAGCUUCCUCGUCUGCUGGUGGCCUCCUCUGACGGACAGCUGUUCAUCUAUAACGUCGACCCUCAGGAUGGAGGAGAGUGUGUCCUGGCUCAGAAACACAGAUUGUUUGGUGAGGAUGAGGACAAGGAGGAAGGGGUGGAGUCAGAAGGGUCAGAGGUCACGGUGCCCGUCCAGGCAUGUCCAUCAUACGCCGCCACUGUUGCCAUACCAGCCACCGGUCCAGUCACUACCACGCUCACAGGUUACUCUGAGGAUGGUGGGGCUAAGAAGGGAGAGGUGAUCCCAGAACAUGAGUUUGCUGCUGGUCCCGUCUGUCUAGAUGAUGAGAAUGAGUUUCCUCCAAUAAAUUGGUGCCGCGACGGAACUCGAGGUGGCCAGGGGCGUCGUCUGUGAGGGAAGGACAGGAGGACAGACAGGCGGGCGGACAGACAGACAGGUGUCUGUUGUACACGUUAGAACACACUGACACCUGGUCUGGAACCACAGGCGGGAGGACAGACAGACAGACAGACAGGUGUCUGUUGUACACGUUAGAACACACUGACACCUGGUCUGGAACCACAGGCGGGAGGACAGACAGACAGACAGGUGUCUGUACACGUUAGAACACACUGACACCUGGUCUGGAACCACAGGACUUCCAGGGGAACCGUUACCCAGAGAGAGAGUCAGAUAGAGAGGAACAGGCCUAAAUAAACCAGGGGAGCCGUUACCCAGAGAGAGAGUCAGAGAGGAACAGGACUAAAUAAACCAGGGGAACCGUUACCCAGAGAGAGAGUCAGAGAGGAACAGGACUAAAUAAACCAGGGGAACCGUUACCCAGAGAGAGAGUCAGAGAGGAACAGGACUAAAUAAACCAGGGGAACCGUUACCCAGAGAGAGAGUCAGAGAGGAACAGGACUAAAUAAACCAGGGGAACCGUUACCCAGAGAGAGAGUCAGAGAGGAACAGGACUAAAUAAACCAGAGAGGGAAAAGAUUCUCAUUUUAGGGUGCUAAGUAAUUUUUCUGAAUUAAGUGAUUUAAAAAUAAAUAAAUAAUAAUAAUGAUUUCUAAUUGGGAGGGGGAGGGGGGGCAGGACUGGGUGUUUGUGAACCAGUGUGUACAGUCCUAGGUCAAAUAUAUAAUGUCAAAUACCAUUGUGUCCUAAAAAGGCACCCUAUUCCCUAUUUAGUGCACUACUUUAGACCAGGCCCAUAGGGCUCUGAUCAAAUGUAAUGCACUAUAUAGGGAAUAUAGUGCAAUUUGGUACACAGUCCAGAGCUGUGCUUAGUUUAGUUCAGUGGUUCUCAACCCAGGGGUACUAGGAGAGGGUACUAGAGGGGGUACUAGAGAAGACUCAUGAGACCAUAGGCCUACUGGUCAAAAUGCACAUGAAGGGGGUACUUCAGGGGUACUCUGGGCAGAGCAAAAUUUAGUUGGUGGCACACUAACCCCCCCAAAAAAUUGGGUUUAGUGUUUCCUGUAAAUUGGAACCAAUGAAACCGAUUUGAAUAUUCCCAAGAGGACAAACUCCAAACUAAAUCAAGGUCCCAAAGGCUCUGUCUCAGAGGACACCUUGGAAGAGCAGUGGAAGUAUUAGAGACCAGGUGUGUGAUCCGUCUGUGGUGUGAGAAGACUCUCCUGUACCACGUGCA